UUCUCAACCUUCACCCAAUACAUUUCUUUUCUAAUUUUACACUGCUUUAAAUUUUCCUCAUUCGCUGCUAAAAAUGUCUCUUAGUAGUAGGAUGGAGGUUGCUGUAGAAACCAGCGUUCCUGCUGAAAAGUUUCAUGAUAUUUUCAGUACCAGUACAAUAACCCAAUUAUCCUCCAUGAGUCCUGCUAAGGUCCAAGCUGUUCAUCUCCUUAAAGGUGAAUGGGAGAAACCUGGCUGUACUAUCAGUUGGAAUUUUUAUAUCGAUGGAGCCCCUACGGCGGCCAAGGUUAUGGAAGACAUAGAUAACACAAAACUAUCGACCACCUUCAAUGUGAUUGAAGGAGAUUUAAUGGGGGCUUAUAAGAGUUUCAAAGCCAUCGUUCAAGCUACUCCUAAAGGUCAUGGCAGCGUGGUGCGUUGGACAAUGAUAUAUGAGAAGCUGAGUGAAAAUAUUCCAGCUCCAACAGCAUUUGUCGACUUUGCAGUCGAUUUAACCAAAGAUAUUAAUGCUCACAUGACCCAAGCACAGGCAUGAUUACAGUAUCUAUUUUCUGCUCUAUAUAUUACUAAUAUAAUAAGUUCGAGUGUGGUUUUGUUGUAUGAAUAAGAAAGAGAGACUGAAAUUUGAUGGAAGAAAAGCUUCUCCAUCUGCAUGCACUAUAAGCAUGUUUAUGUACAGGCUCACCAAAUCUAUGUAUGUGUGGGUCUCAGUCUUGAUCUUUAUGCCAAUCUUAUGUUGUAAUAUUAAGGGAUAUCUUGGUGUCGACGUUUAAGGACAUGUGUGAUUUAAUAAAUAGAUAUUGGUAUUAAAUAUAA